AUGUCUGGUCGUGGAAAGCAGGGAGGCAAGGCCCGCGCAAAGGCCAAGUCGCGUUCGUCCCGCGCAGGCUUGCAGUUCCCGGUAGGGCGAGUACACCGCCUGCUGCGUAAAGGCAACUACGCCGAAAGGGUGGGGGCCGGCGCGCCCGUCUACAUGGCGGCGGUCCUGGAGUACCUGACCGCCGAAAUCCUGGAGCUGGCCGGCAACGCGGCGCGCGAUAACAAGAAAACGCGCAUCAUCCCUCGUCACCUGCAGCUGGCCAUCCGCAACGACGAAGAGCUGAACAAGCUGUUGGGCAAAGUCACCAUCGCCCAGGGCGGCGUUCUGCCCAACAUCCAGGCCGUUCUAUUACCAAAGAAAACCGAAAGCCAUAAGGCCAAAAGCAAAUAA